GGACUUAAUAUGCUACAAGAAGGAACGUCAGCCCUUAACAUCAUAACACAGGUUGAAAAAAAUUGCAAAGAUGAUAAAUCUCAGUCAAUUCUUCUUCGCCAGUUUCAUGAAUGGAGACAGCUGUUAGGAAACGAAGCCAGAAUAUCUCACAUCAAAGAUGCUCUGUCAAAUAUGGGCUAUAUAGAAAUACUGGAAAACUUCGAAAAAUAUGUCAGGUGUAAUGCUAGCAAUAAGUUAUCAAAUUUACGUUAAUUGUUUAGUGCAUGUGUUAUGUAAUUGAUGUUUCUCUUCAACAAUCCCGUUGAAAUUAUUGUACUUUAAUAAACGAUUUCUUUCUAAGCAGAACUACACUGGGUAGCAGCUUGCGGUCUUCUCAUACAUAUAAAACGCGAAGAAAGAGCCAUUUAUAUACAAUUCAAGUAUACAUAAUUAUGCAUCUCCAUUACAAAAAAAAAUGAUAUUGCGAAAUGAAUUACUCAUCUUGUCAGUUUCUAGUUAACGAAAAGGUGUAAUCAGUACGACGUCGUGUUAGUAUAUAUGCAGUUUGAAUGAUGUUGGACUGAUUUGCGAUGCGCAAAAUUAUCCUUUACUUGGAUGCCCAUUUUUCCUUUUCUUAACUUUGUACUGGGUUUGAAACAUAUUUCUAUCACGUAGUUGUAAUAUUUUACUAUGUAGUUAUGAGUUCCUGCGAUUCACGUUUAACUUGCCGAUCCUACCCUGUCGUUCAGUUCAUAUGAACUCCGUAAAAAAAAUUCUUAUAUUUACAUUAUAUUUUCCUUUCCAUUUUUAAACAAUGUUAUGUUAUAAUUUGCACACAGUUUGUUGCAUUUAACAUUUAAACAAGAUUUAGCUUACCAAAAGGUUCCUUCUAGCGCAUAUUAAAUAUUCUUUUUAAGGGAUCUUUAAUAAAAUAAUUAUGAACUAUGUUUUUUGCUAGUUUACGUGCAUUCUUAUCUAUUUAUUAUAAGAAUACUUAAAGUUAUUUCACACAAACAUUUAUUUAACUUAAAAUAAUAAACAAACACCUUUAGAUGAGCGAUCAUACCUAAAAUUAUCAGCGGACAAUAAAUACCAUCAUUCUGUCAAAAUUUCGGGCACCAGUGUCAGCUGCUGUCCUAGUGGCACAGAUCAGAAUUUGGUCGUAUGUUUGCCUAAUUUUAAUUAGCAAUACAAUGGAUGAAAAGUUCUGCCAUAUGCCAGUAAUUGCAUUGCAUGAGUGGAUACUCACAGCUCCAAAACGACUAAACCAGGAGAAAAGGGGCUUUUAUAUAAGUCGGCACCAACAAACUGAUGGAUUUGAAAAAGUGCUUACAAAAAGUUCACAACUUGAAAAUUACAAAACAAUUAAUCAAAAGGUAUGAAAUUACAAAGUUCGAAAUAUUUAUAGCUCAGUAAAGUGAAGAAAUGCAUUAUACAGUUCUAGAUAAAAAAACAAGGGAAGAUAACUGAAAUGUCGUAAUCCGGCUACGGUACGUAUCGUGCAAUAGCAUUCACAGACAAGUAAAAAAUCUCGAAUAACUUUAUUAGUGCAGUAUGUUUUGAUGGUUAUACUUAAAAUGUUAAAAUAAUAAAGUUGGUAUGAAAUAAAAUCGUAAAAAGAACCUCUGGAAGCAGCAAUGAAUGCAGCCGAGAAGAAUAAUAGUAGACGAUAUUUUUGGGCGGGAGUCUAUUUUUAGAUGAUGAAUAUUCAUUUAGUUAAUCUCUAUUCUACAAUAUGAAAUGUAAGAUUUAGGAGUUUAGUUUAAACUAAAUUAUUGUUUUUGUAGGUCUGUCAUUACGUAGUUGUAUUUCACUAAAGAUUGACUUAAAGAUGCGUAAAACACAUUGGCAAAGAGGAUAUUUUUAAUGAAUAUGCAUGAGUACAAAAUGGCGGCGCCUACUGGAAUUCGGAUGCCUUUGAUGAUACCCUUGUAUCCAUUACCUGCUCAGUCAAGUGUGACAUGUUCACCAUAAGUGUUCCUUCUCAUGAGAAGGAACAAUAAAUCAGCUUCCCGGCCAUUCUGUUCAAAAGACGGAACAACUGCGAUGUCAUCUAAGGAAUAUUCUCCACAACUAGACGCUAUACGUUGAAUGAAGAGUCCAAAUCCACUUGUUUAGAGAACCUUGUCUUAAUUUUAAACUGAUUUUGAAAGUAAAAACGUAACCACAAGACACAGAAGUUUCAACUGCUGUCUUAUUAUCCCCCGCCGUAGGGAUAUAGUUUAAGCGUUGUUCGUCUUUGUAUUUUUCCUUCCGUCCGUCAGAAUCGAUAUCUAUGACAUGGUUUGGGGUAUUUUUAUAAACCAUGGUAGAAAUGUUAACUUCUGUAGAGAAAAGCCAUCUUGUGAGUGUUUUAUUCCAUAUUACUGUCCGUCUGGAGUCAUAUCUCGGAUAUGGAAGGAAGGUUUCAAUAAAACAUGGUAGAAAUAUGAACUCUUACGGGGCAAUGUGGUCCUGCAAGUUACAUUAAGAUUAUAUAUAUAUGUAUAGUGUUUUAUUGGAAUUUUGUCCGUCUGGAAUCAUAUCUCAGAAUUGAUUGAUAGGACUGAUUUCAAUAAAAUAUGGUAGAAAUGUUAACUGCUAGAAAGAAAUGCGACGUUGCAAGUUUUAGUUUGAUUGCUUUAGAAGGUCUGUAUAGUACAUAAAUAGUUCAUUUUCUGUCAGUCCAGAGUCAUAUCUCAGAUAUGGUCUAAUGGAUUUAAAUAACACAUGGUAUAGAUUUAAGUGCUGUAGGGAAAUGCGGCCCUACAAGUUUCAGACAGAUUGCUUGAGGCCCUUUGUACCUAUUUAAAAAUACGUAAUAGUUUUUUUGGAGACUGAUGAAUGGUAUAAGUUUUGGUCGCUGGGAUCAAGAUCAAGGUCACUGUUACUAAGAAUAGAAAAAAUAUUUCCGCUCAAAAACUUUACUAAGGACUAGGGUAUUGCGCCCAUACUUUGAAUUUAGGAAGCUUGCAUGAAGCCCGUGGUUUUAGGUGUAUUUGGGGUUUCUUAGGUCAAGGCGAAGCAUAUUGUUACCUAAAAAUGGUUGUCUCACGACAACUUCAGUUUGGAAUGAGGUAAGCAGACCAAAUCUUGUAAUCAGGUAGCUUUCAUUGAGACCAUAUUUGGUUCAAUUUAGGUAGCAUGGGUCAAGGUCAAUGUUACUAAAUACAGAAAAAUGGUGUCGGUCAAUAACUUAGAAUGAAUUGUUUUCACGAAGAAUUUUUGCAGGCAGAGAAUACUUUUUCAACGGUAAAACCUUGAUCCCGUUCGGUGGGGGAUACCAAUUCACUGGAUUUGCUUGAUUCGGUACAUCACAGCAGAUGUAGAGGUUUCUGAUACCAACGAUAGCGUAACUAUUUUCAACUUGUUUCAAGGGCAAUUUGUGUUCGUAUAUAUUUAUAUUAGUAAAUUGUUAUACUGUUCUCUCGUUAAACAGAUGAAAAGUCAAUAGCAUGGCCCUGAGAGACAGAAAGUGAACUUGAAAAUGAAUGUCCGAGUUGGAAACCGGCACCACACGCCAGUUAAAUCGAAUGUUUGAAGAAACUGGAGAAAUACCAGUCAAAACCACAUUACCUGGGAAACGUGAAUGAUCUGUCGCUCGUACAGAAUAUAUCGCUUCUUUAAACAUGUUGAACUUAAAUGAAAAUAAGUAGUUUUUCUUACUUCACCUUGCAAGAUGGCAAUGCCGGUAAUGGAAGGUACAAUGUACCGUGUAUCUAGCGUACCCGCCGUAAACUCAACGUAUACGUUGGAUACGAUGGAACUGCUAUAAUACAGAGUGGAUCUUCAUGCGACUCACUUACCAUAUCAUUCACCGAAACACUAGUAAUAUAGAUAUAAGUCUUUAUAUAAAUAUGAAACUGAAAUAAUAAAAAUGUUAAUGUUUCAGGAAAUCUUCUUUGCCGCAAAGGCAAAAUGGAAACCUGGAAUGCUGCUCCGAAUUUCCGCCAAUGAAUUCUCCGACAAAAUCUAUACCAUAUGAAGAGUAUUCAAAAACUAAGUUGCAGUCAUACCAGACACAGCAAUGGCAUCUCAAUGGCAAGAAUAUGUUUCUUAGACAGAAUCAAGAGUCACAAAGCUCAAGUUUCUCUUCCCAUUCUUUUUUGUCUGUAAGUUAUCCCAACUUAAAUGAUACAACGAAUCAUCGUGGACCUUAUAUGCAUGGGACUCUAAUGAAAUCACCAUGGUCUGACUCCUCAUCUGAGUAUGACACCGACUGUCCAAGCAACUCACUCAAAAUUGAUACUCGCUUUAGUGAAAUCAAAUCUGAAAAACGUACGCAGUUAAAAUCUAAUUAUCCGGCCAUAUGUCACAGACUUGUACAUUGGGAAGAUGACACACAUAGCCAAAUCAUAGAGCUGAUUAAAAGGUUAAUCUCAACUGGAGAAAUAAUUAAAGAAAAAGAGUACACUCGUUUCAUUUAUCAUACUGUUGAAAUGAUGAUGAAAUCCACGAAAGAAUCUGAAACGAAAGUUCUCUCUAUAACAUGUGAUGAUUUUGACAAAUGUAGAGAAAUACCAUCAAAACGCGGGUAUGUCAUAUACAUCAUCGACUCUGAGUUUGGUUUCCUUAAUCCAUUCGGUGCUGAAGAAUGGAACUGCCUCAAACUUUAUAAACAACAAAGAGAUCACGUUUAUCAGAGAAAAGGGUCAGAGAACAGUGCAGUUGUUUGCAGCCUGUAUUUUUUCAUCGAUUAUAAUGGUCAGCCCGUUAAAAAUCAGGAUGAAAAAGAAGACAUUGAAGAUACAGAUAGUGAUCAAAAGGAAUAUCUCAGAACACAAUCAAGCAUGCAAAGCAACGAAACAAGAUCAGAGUCCUCAGCGUGUAGCAGUACGGAAGCGAAAGCGUACUUAAUCGAGGAGAGUUGCUCACGAGGAACAUUGCCGACCGAAAUGAUGAAAUUAGGUGAAGAAGAAGGCAAAGAGCGAGAACACGUCGAAUAUGACAGCCAUGUUCUAGGCAACAGCGACAACAAAUGUGCAGCAGUUAGCAGUAGUACUACUGAAAGCGAAAGGAAAGAAACUGAAACAGCGAGGAAAAUGAACAAAGAGUCAUACGAAACCAAAAAUAAAAGACGUAAAAGUGUAUAAAAAAACUGGAUUGCUAUAAAGCAAUUAGAACUAGCUAUUUAAGUUUGCUCAAACAAUAAUAGUGUAUGAAUGAUAAUUUUCAUUUCUUUCAUGAAACGUGUGUACAAAAGUUCAGUAAAACUGUUUUAUUAUUUCUGUUGACAAGAUAGCAUAUGAAAAUUAUGUCUGAAAUUUAGAGGCAAGACGCAAAUGAUAGUCAUAUAUUUGCAAAGUUACCAUGCAAGCAUUUGCUUUAUAUGCUAAAAACUACGAGUUAAUACAUUCCAAAUUCAAUUUUGUAAUUACCCAUUGUGUGUUUAUCAGUCUUAAUUUUCAUGGUGCUAGCGACUAUAGCGAUUAUAGCAUUACUAUACUGAAAACAUUUAGACUCGACUUCUUUUAGUUGUCAAAAAAAAUUUAUAUCUUUUUGGUUUGUGAUAUUUUAUUUGAUUGUGCCUAGUACUUUCUUUUUUCUCUAGUGUACAUUUUCCAAUAUUGGCAAUUAUGAAUGAGCUUUCUCCAAAUAAUAUCAAUACAGAUUAUUUAGAGGUUAAUGCUUUGUUACCCCAUUCCUUUAAUUGCCUUAAAUAUUGUUAAACCUAUGGGUCUAAGUCCGAAGGUCAUUAAAACAUUACACAUUUGUCUCAUAUACCGUAACGCUUACCCUCUCCACCCCCCACCCCAAUCACAUCAGCACAAUAUUACAAUGUUCACAAAGUAAUGGCAAACUGCUGUUUUCUUUAAAGAAUGUAUCUUGUUACGAGAAUAUGAUCAUUUAAUUAUUUUGAAACCAAUUUUGGAGAAUUUGAAAUUGUGUGCUUGAGUAAUCUUGCUUUUUAUGUCCCAAAAAUGGUAACCCCGUUUUUCUGUUAUUUUUUGUUUUGUUGUUGUUGUUGUUUUUUGGGGGUUUUUUUUAUGUUUUGUUUUUCAGAAAAUUAUAUAUACAAUAUACAUAUAGUAGGUGUUGGCAUCAAUUUAUCAUAAUAUUUAUCAUUUAGUUAUCAUAAUUAUAUCACAAAUAGUCUAUGAAGAAUAACAUAUCAACAGUAGCAUCUUUUGACCACAGUUUAUAAAUGGGAAAUAGCAUGCUUAUAUAUUUUUACCACUAACGUACUUAAACUAUUAUUCAAAAUUGUCAAAUUUUGGACAGUGUUAGUGUCACAUAUGUCCUACACAAGUAUUAAUUUUAUGGGAUUUCUUUUGUUAAAGGCUCAUAAUGCUUUUGUGCAUAAUGUGGCUGCCACCUUUUCUGAUGUGAACAUAAAACAUUAUAUUUUUUUGUUUAUCCUAUUUUUAACAUAUUUUUAUAAUAUUUGUCAAAGGGUUGAAUACUGUUUGAUACUGUAGAAAUUAUUAUUGAAUCCACUGUUUUUGAUUGCCACUCUUUAUGGCUGUAAAAGUUCAAGCAUAAAAUUAAAAGAAUUGUUUUUCUAAUUUCAUAA